ACUAUUCAUAACGCAAUAUUGUUAUAAAUGGACAUGUUCAGUUGCUUUUAGAAAUGUUGCUUAGAAGUCGAUGGGAACAAUACGAAAAAAUUGGUUAGUCUGAAAUCUAACAUCCAGAAGAAGGAUCGCAGUAUUUUGAACAUCAAUUUAUUUAAAAACACAUAUAUCUCUGGGACUUCUUAUGAUAAUCGCGUUGGAAUAGCAAACAAUGAAUUUGGACAGGAAUUUGUUUGAAAAAGUGUAUUGUUUUCGAUUUGAAAAGUUUUUCUGUUUGCUAAGCGAUAACGGGGUUACCUAUACAGCAUCAUUGUCAGACAAUUCGACAGGGCUUCAAAUAUUCAAUCAGAGGUGGGAUUGUAUCUCAUCUCUUAACCUGGAAAUCGGAUGUUCGUCGUCAUGACCACCUUGAUGUCACUCGUAUUGUACAUAGUCGCUUCAUGUAUGACUGUAUAUGCGCGUGCAGAGUGCAGCACUCCGGAUUGGACGUGUCCACAUUGUACUUUUGAGAGUGCUUCUACAGCUACAGAAACGUCUGCGUUUCCUAUUGGAACUUACCUGGUAUGGGGGUGUGAAGAGAACUAUGUCAUGGAGGGACCUUCUGACGUCAUAGUGUGGAUCUGCGGUGCGGAUAGCCAAUGGACUGGAGAGCCAACACCUUACUGCGCAGAAUCGAUAUCAACCUGUCCCGACCCUCCCGUUCCUGCAUAUGGUGAGGUGAACCCGGCGGGUGUGGCCCGAUACAGACCUGGUGAUACCGUUCAGUACUCAUGCAAGACUGGAUACCAGCGUAUGGGGAGUACUCAGAAUACGUGCGGGAAUGACCAUUCUUGGAAGAAUGCGGCUCCGACAUGUAAAAUUUCAGCUACGGUGUGUGAUGCAGGAACACUAGGAGAAUUUAUAGGUGCUGAAAAUUCCAUGGUCAUGGCAUCUCACAGCUGCAUCAUAGGACAACACUUGGUAAAUGAUUGGCGGUCAGAAAAUAUCAUGACAUGGAAUGAAGCCAAGACCACUUGUCGAGAUCGAGGCGGUACUUUCCAAGGUGAGCUGGCAAUGAUAAAAACGCCGACAAUGCAGGAGGACGUUCGACGACUUCUCAAUCUGCCAAAGACGGUAGGGAUGGAUUUAUCAAGCUACUUCUGGAUAGGGGUCAAAGAAGGUCGAAAUUGGAAAUGGUCUAAUGAUGCUACCGGUGAUACGAACAUCUUUCGCUUAUUCUGGGCCGAUAAUCAUCCUAGUGAGAGUUCUGGAACCAAUUGUAUUUCGUUGAGUUCGUCUACCAGCUAUCAGUGGGUAGAUGCUCCGUGUGGCAGUAGUCGUCGUUUCAUCUGUCAAUACGAUGGGAGUUGUACCGGGAGAAGUCCUGAGCAUGCUGCUCGUUUACUCGAUGAACGUCGGAAAUGCUACUGGUUUAGUAAUUCUAAAGCGACUUGGUCUGAUGCGAAGACUUCUUGUAGCUCAGAAGGAGGCUCCUUGGUAAAAGUCACUGAUGAGAGCCUGCAAGACGUUUUGGCCAACGAAGCGGCGAACGUAGUGGGAGAUGUAGGUGACUGGUGGAUAGGAGGGUACGAUGAUGUAUCUGCGACAGACAGAGCAUGGUUUUGGAUGGAUAAUACACGGGCCACUUUCAUGUCAUGGGACAGUAAUCAGCCGAACGACCCUUUACAUAAGUGCGUUGAGGUUAACAGUGACAUGGAACACGACUGGAAUGACGAGAAUUGCAAUUUAGAACGACUAGCUAUGUGCCAAAUUGGAAUCGCCGCUUGUGGAGAUCCUGGAGCUCCAACAAAUGGAAGUAGAAGCCCGGGGGACAGGUCUACCUACAUGGAUGGCGCUGUCAUGCAAUUCUCCUGCGAUCCUGGAUACAAACUACACGGAAACACUGAGAUCAUCUGCCAGCCAAACGGGGAAUGGGAUAACGCCAAACCAUCAUGCAUAGCAAUAUCUUGUGGGGAUAAUCCCCAUACUGUGCACAACGCAAUGCAGGUGAUCCGUUCACAUUCUUUCCGAGGAACUACUCUUUAUACAUGCAACCAGGGAUUACUCCCUUCAGGAAACCCUUUAUCACACUGUCAAGCAAAUUCAACAUGGAGUCGGCCGGAUUUUCAGUGCAAUGAAGUUACAGUGCCUCCAACAACUACCACACCUACCACAACUGCAACCACACAAGCCCCUGAUAUACGUACGAGUCGACUGACCACCGUUUCGCUAUUACCAUCUACGUCUUAUCCAACAAAUCAAUCACAGCUUCGCGUCCAGUCGACGACAGUGCUCCCUGUAGUCUCAACUGAAGGGAAUACAUGGUCGCUGGCCAGUACGGCACACCCACCUGUUUACUCUGCUGUCCGUGAAAUGGAUAUGAUGAUGCCCAUCGGAAUAGGUGUUACUGCGUUCAUCAUCGUGAUUGCCGUUGUCAUAUCUAUACUUAUUUGGAGGAGGAGACAUGUGCGGAACUCGUCUAAGACACCAACCUUUGAUGCGCCCGUCUAUGACUCCAUUGGCAAUGAGUAUAAGGUGGCUUUUAACCCGAAUACAGAGGUCUCGAUCGGCAUUGGCAACGAUGCAUACACUGGUCUAAGCGUGGGUAGCAUGGAAACCAUUGAAACACACGAAUCAAGAUACAUGGCACUUGGAGAAGGUGUUACAGGACGUCCGAGAGCAGAUACCGGAUCAACCGGCCCGAGAGGGCGCUCGAAUACCGCGAACAGUACUACGCUUCUUGUACCUGUAGAUGACGAAGGUUAUGCUUCGUUACGGAGUACCCACCAGCUACCUUACACGAGUUUGUCACAUGGCAGGGAUGGCAACCAAGGGAGUGGGAAUGAUCUGUCUUCGGGGGAUGUGGAUGGAAGGGAUGUCGGUGAGUUUGACCGACUUCGAUCUGCUUUGGAAUCACACCGUAGCUCUGUAGACACGAACAGUAAUGUGUAUGAAACCCUGGAAACCCCAAGGCCAUCAAUCGACAUGGGUGUCCUACGCAAACAAGGUAGUCUGGGGGAGAACGAGUAUGAGGAACUUGAUUACACGGAAAUCAACUCUAACAAGGACGUUGACCUAUCUACAAGGCAACUAUCUCCUCGUCCAAGAAUAAAUGCUGCUCCCAAAAGCAAUUCAUCAGAGGCUGAUGCAAUGGCAACCACCAACACUGAUACAACAUACAACGAAGUGGAUGACAAAAACAUGAUUUUCAAUGACCUUUAUCGCCCAUCCGGAAGCGAUUUUGUUGAGUGUAAUUGGUCAUGUAAAACUCACAUAGCAAAUACACCUACACCGAACGCUCUCAAACAAAAUGGGGAAGAAAGAAUGUCAACAUAUGAUAAGGUUGAUGAUGCUAACUUAUUGUUCAACGAUCUUUACCAACCUUCGGUAAUGGCCGAAGGCCCGAUCCACCAAGCCAAUGGGAAAAUCCAAAGGAAAGCUAGUGCAUCAUCUGAGUCAGCGGAUCACCCGAAUCCAUAUUAUUUCUGCCUGAACCAUUCUGAUGAUACUGACCCAAUAACAGCACAGGGGGUCUCAAACAUUAGACAAGGUGUCCCUCUUGCGGGGAUGUCCCUACAGACAAAAAAGGACGAUAACAGUCGAGAAAAUGUCGACGGGAAAUUUGAAGAUAUUGAAUCACUACCAUACUUUACGUUGGAACCUCCCAGUUAAACAAAAAGAGCAUUCCCAAUGUUAUACAUUUUAAUUGUCCAUAUUUUUGGGGAAAGCUGAUGGGAAAGUCGGCAUCAAUACAAUUAUGUACACGGUAGUGGGGAAGUUUGCUUUUACGAACACUUUCCUAGAUAUAAUGUAAUUGUUCUGCUAUAUGCAAGGAAAUGGGAAUACGUCGGUGGGCCAUCGUUUAUCAUGUGUAUGACUGGAUUCUGUCGUCUAUAACGGUCAGCCAGGCCAUGCGACUGAUAAACCAAGACGUAAAUAGUUUCAUAAUUAUGUAAUUGGUUAUAUGCCAGCAUGGCGUUCAUGCAGCGGAAUGCUGCUUUGCCGAAUUCCUAUUGGAGUUACCCCAACAUAAACAGAUUCUGAUAUGUUUUGAAGAACAAAUUGGCAAUGGAAUUUUUAUUUUUUUUUAUCUGAUUUGAUUUGCAAAAAAACAGGCAUGAUGUUCAGUGAUUCAUGCAGCUUGGAAUGAUAAGCCUAAGUAACCUCAAGAGCUUUAUAUUUCCACAGGUUUACAAUAUAGGGGAAAAUAACAUGGAAGCGUUUUUAAGUCAUUUAUUGUAUUCCAUGAUAAUUGUAAUCUUCCUAUUGAUGCUAGAUUCUGGUUGUGAUAUUUUCCAAAAGAAAAAAAAUGAGUUGAAUCCGACUUUCAUUGUACUUGCAUUUCAAUUCCUCUUCCCAGCCAUGUGUCCAUGUAUCAAUAAUGAUUGCGCGUAUUAUUAUUUUGACACAAAGGCAUGCAGACUGUUCGAAACGAUAAUCUUGCUCUAAAGUUCGCUUACGCAAAACAAAAAUUUAUUGCGUCUGUUCGUGCUCGCUUUUUUUUACAAUUAUUAGGAAAAAUAAGCAAAAUUAUUAUUUUUAUUAUUGUAGGUGAUCUAAAAGUCUGUUCCAUCAACAUAUAUAUCGUACCCAUAUUAACAUGUAUACAUUGGGCAACCAUAUAGCAUGUACAUAUUUGCCAGGUCGAUGUUUGUGGGUCGUAUACAGUGCGUCCCACAAAAAACGAAACCGAGAUUUAUUGAUGAUUUAUCAUAACUUAAUCACAAUUACAAUAGACAAAUGACCUACCAUUGUAAAGCUUAGAAUCUUCUCUUUCAUCUGAAAUUACUUAGAUUAUUUCUCAUUCACGCAUGAGUGAGUAAAAACAAUUUGAAUAGGGGAUACCAAAAUGUCACUUGGCGGGCUGUAUCUGGGUUUAAAAAAGAAAACCAAAUUUUUAAAAAGUUCAGUAUCUGCUCUUUAAUUUGAUACCUCAAUUACAGAAAAUAGUCAAGAAAUAACAAAGUUCUGGCUAUUUGAAAUAAGAGGUUUUACAGGCAAGCGUUGAAACUCACUCAACUUGACGACCAGCCAUGUCUGUUGUUAACCAUGCGAUAGCUUCUGUGGGAAAACGGAGAAAACACGUUUAUUUAAUGAAAUUAUGGAAAUACAAGCAUUGUUUCGAGGGAGCAUAGCUUUUUUACUACUUGACCAUUUUCUGUGAUUAAGGUAUCAAAUAAAAGAGCAAAUAUUGAACUUUUUAGGCAUGUGAUUUUCUUUUUGAAAUUCAGAUACCCCCCGCCAAAUGAGUUUUUGGUAUCCUUUCUUCAAAUUGUUUUUGCUCACUCAUGCGUGAAUGAGAAAUAAUCUAAGUAAUAUCAGAUGAAAGAGGAGAUUCUAAGCUUUAAAUGGGUAGGUCAUUUGUAUAUUUUAUUUAUGAUUAAGUUAUGAUAAAUCAUCGCCAAAUCUCGGUUUCGUUUUUUCUGGGACGCACUGUAUAUUGAUUCUCAACUUCUGAGUUUCAUUUACUUCAGGAAACGGGUGAUAUUCUGUCUAUUAAAGGUGAUUGCCGUAUAUCUAGGCUUUUAACUUGUAUUUUGACUCCUCGUACCAAGGCAUAACCAAUUCAUUUGUUCUUAAAAGUAAUUCCGUGAUAAUUUAAUACAAUGAUAUUGUUCCUCUUGCAUGGUUGGUUUUGGCGCAUCAUUGAACAUGCCAUGAAACAUUGUUGUUGCGCAAAAUGCAUGCUUCGAAAUGAUUCGGAUUUAUAUUUUGUUUCAUUCAUUAAUUGUAGAUUAUCAUUGUAUAUAAUUGUCAUAACGUUAAGUUGAAACAUUAUAUUGAACGCGAAAAUUGCGUCGAAUAAAAUAAAUGGAAUAUAU